AUGCCUCUACCGCAAUCAAUGUCGACCAAAGCCUCGAAGUUGGACAGUAAAAUAAUCUGGAACCCGCCAAUUCCUACUAUUGACUUGACCGAAGUGCAUCAGACCAUCUCUCUACACGGGCUGUUGGCAGUAGCGUCCCAGCUAAGGGAUGGCAAGGAAUGUGACUUUGCUCUUGAAACCGAUACCAAGCCUAUUUCCGGCGGCCAAUGUAUCAUCUUCGUGGUAGAGUAUUCGGAUGGCAUCAAGUAUGCCUUCCGGCUACCUUACCAUACACGAAAGUCCACAAUCCGCGACUCGUUCUUUGCCCACGAGCUGGAAACGUGGAAGGCUCUGAUCAGCAACCGCAUUCCUCUCAUACCCAAAAUCUUCGGUUUUGGCUUGUCAGAUGAUAAUCUCAUUGGCUUUCCCUUUAUUGCAUACGAAUGGGUCGAAGGGAAACCAUUGGUAUGGACUGACAACGAACCAUGCGAUCCAACACAUCGAGAAAAGACAAUCAAGACCCUAGCAUCUUUCACCAUUGAGACUGCCUGUCGAAUGCAGAAACCAGGGAAAACCUCUGCCGAGGUGUAUGUGACUGAAGCCAUAGACCGCAAGAUCAAGCGUGUCUUGAAUGGGACGCUCCGAACAGCAAAGCUCAUAGACUGUCUUCGACAACGAAGUUUGAUUCACAAAUAUUUGAUUCCCCAACUCAAUGAUUCGCCUUGGGUUAUGGUUCAUGGAGAUCUUUCCAACUCCAACAUCAUUGAAGAUCCCGAACAUGAUAUCUCUGGGUUGAAUCAUCGACUUUGGGUUUGCUGA